CUUAAACCUCAAAUGUGAUGCGAGGGGCAUUUGAAUGGCGACAUCACGGAACUCUCCUAACUCGGGCAUUUGAAGUCGUUCUCACCGUUUACUCCUUUACGUGACAACAGUAUCUUCACAUAACCAGCAUUUCACAGAUACGCGAACGCCCAACAUGACCAACUUCAAUAUCAAAAUCGUCUCGGACGCCAUCUGCCCCUGGUGUUACGUGGGGAAGAAGCGCUUGGAGCGCGCCAUCGAGAUGUACAAGAGGGACGUCCCCGGCGGCGCGAGCGACACCUUUACCAUCUCCUGGCACCCCUUCUAUCUCGACCCCACCCUGCCCAAAGUCGGCGUUGACCGGAACACUCACUUGGCCCGGAAGUUCGGUCCUGAGCGGGCGGCUCUGGCAACUGCCCACCUCAAGAGAUUGGGCGAGGCCGAGGGCAUCCGGUUCUCGUUUCAGGGCAAGGUCGGCAACACCCGCGACGCACACAGGCUCGUCCAGCUCGCCAAGACCAAAUCGGGCGAAACCGAGAACCGUCUCGUCUCGACCAUGUUCAAGAGCCACUUCGAGGAGGACGCCGAUAUCACGUCCCGAGACGCGCUAGUCGAAAUCGGUGAGAAGGCCGGCAUGGACAGGACCGAAGUGACGGAUUGGCUCGACCAGGGUAAGGGCGGGCAGGAGGUCGACCGCGAGGUCGAGGAGGCGUACCGGAGGGGCAUCCAUGGGGUGCCCAACUUCACCAUCAACGGCCAGUACGAGGUGUCAGGUGCGCAGGACCCUGAGGUAUUCCUGGAAGCGUUUGCUCGGGCGCGGAAGUCUUCGUCGGACGUCAGCACGCGUUCGAGUGAAGGAGUGAGCUGUUAGGCGCCGCAGUGGAUAGCACACACCUUAUUCAUGAUGUGUCAAUCUUUCACAAAAGACACUCGAAGCUUGCUUCACCCCCCGCGCAGGGUUGAUAGACACGACCGCCUAGAUGUUGAGUAAACCGCCCAGGUCGCUUUCAAGGGCCCGUAACCUGGCCUGCAAUUCCCGCUUCUUCUUGUCCAGUUCCCGGACCUCCUCCUCCUCCCUCCUCAGAUCCUCUUCCGUCAUGGCC